GACUUUCGUAGCCCAACGCGAAUGUCAUACCAACUUAGGAAUUUGAUACUGAUUUUAGUGUCUUUUACUCACAAAAGACGGCCAUUUGUUAAAGUAUUUAUUAAAGAAGUAUUAGUGAGAACUAAACAACAGUCCUGUGUAAAUGCAUAUGUGCCGAUAGAGAGGGGAGACGUUUGAUAGGCAAUUGCGUGUUAGAUGGAGUUACGAUAUGUAUCGCGCAAAUAUUUCUUGGAGACUCAAUAGGUAAAACACAUACAAAUAAAGAAAUAGACGAGUGAACAAAGCUACAGCGGUUUUUACUAGUAAACUAAAUAAUUUCAAAAUCAUAAAAUAUCUUUAAAAGUUUCUUUUACAGAUACAUCAUACGACCACAUGUUUAUAACUUGCGUUGCAUCUCGUUGUUUACAGAAAAAUCAAAGAUUAAUAAUUGUUACACAUGUUUUCAUGUUGCAUUAUAGUGAUUUUAUUUUUAUCCUAAAUUGUAAUAAUGUUUCGAUAUAUAAAUAUGUAGUUUUACAAAAUCAGGUAGAUUCUUUUUAUGAAAAUAUAUUUGUUUAUAAUUUUGUCAUAGAAGAAAAUUUGAGAAUCUUUCCCUAAUUUCUUAUAUUGUUAUUUUUCUCAGUUAAUUUAAUCAUGGUAGUUUACUUUCAGCUGGAUGGACUAUAAACCUACGAAUAAGCAGCCAUGAUUGUUAUUGAUAUAAAAAGAGAACAUUUUAAAUGUCUUUCUUUCAUGUUAAUUCCAUUACCACUAUACGUGCAUAUAGAAUGAUAAAAACAAUAAUAAUAAAUAAUUAUAACAAGUAUAUAACAAUAAAUAAAUAAACAAAUAUAUAUAUGAAUCUAUUUACAUAGAUACUUAUGCAUAUGUACGUACUUGGUAAUACUAACAGAAUUGGUCAUGUGAAGCCAUGAAAGAAGGACUUACCAAUCCCACUUUGAAAACUUCCACCACCUUCAGAUCCGCAUCAGACAUAGGCAAAACAGUAUCGGAACUCUCGGAACAGUUCAGUAAACGCAAUGGAAAUAUUAUCUAAUUUUGCGUCCACUGAAUCUUUGGAUUCUUUGAUUCAUUUUUAUGGUGAAGAGAUCAAAUUUAGUAUUAAUCUCGGAUAAAGCAGCAUGGGGAGAGGCCUGUAGAUGAUCGAAUAAUGAUGAUAAAGGAUUGUCAUUCGGUCCGUGAAAAUCUGAGGAUGUUGAGAUUGAAUCAGAACAAUUUAUGAGUGUGUCAGUGGACUAAGAACGGCCAGAUCUCAUCAAGCAUAAAGAGCUUGGAUAGAAACUAAUUCCACAAGAUACACAAGUCAUAGGUGUAAUGGAGUUCAACAGGACACUUAUUCACAAGAAUGUAAAACAAUCCCAGAAAACUAGGUUGGUAAGAGUAGAAUACACAUAGCAAAACAAGACACGUAGCCAAGUAGCCUUAUCAUGCCACCUCGCAAGGUCAGCAUUUGUUUGUUUAAUCACUUCAUUAAGCUUAAAGCUUAAGUCGUCGCGGGAUAGUUUUUCAUGUAACUCGUAAACUAAGUCUGACCGUUAGUUAUAUGCUUAGGAAAAAGUUGUUCAAAAUGUUGAGAUUUACAAGAUAUUACAUAUUUAAUAUGAGGUGGCUGUGUAUGUGAAAGUAGUCCGUGGUAUUACUUGCUGCUGGUUAUAGAUGCCGUUGCUGUUGGGGUACUGCAGUAUUUUUCUCCCUAUUUAAGAAUCGUGGAAGAAAAAUCGGACUUCGGUCGCCGGGAUUCGAUCCCGGGAUCCGAACGUUCGUAACCUAAGGCGCUAACCACUGCGCUACCGUCGUCCGUUGCUAGUUAGUGGCGGUAUUUGUGUUGUCGAGUGCCGUCACAAAUAUCAAAAUUAGAAAGGGCGUUACAUCGGCAGAUUCACCAACUAAGCGUGAUAGCCAAAUAUCGUGUUCCUCAUGAUCUUGAAUAGUACAAAUUGUGAAUCAACAAUUGUGAAUAUACAAUAACUAUAAAAUAAUGCUAUAAUACUAUAAAUAAUAAAUUGACACAAUAUAUAAUUCUAUAUUCUAGAACUUAAAACGUAAUAAUUCAAUAAACGAUUCGCUUAAAGUUAUUCAUAUUCACAUUUUACAAAAUUUAAUUUACGUCAAGUAAUAUUAACGUUUCGAUAGACUAGGCAUGUUAUGUUCAAUAAUAACGAAAUAUAGUGUUGCAGAACGUUUAUUAUUGUUAUAAUAAUGUAAAAGUGCACAAUGUGCCAUCUCAGACGUAAAUAUUUUUUAUAUAUGCAUAUAUAUAUGUAUGUAUUUAUUAAUUACAGUCUCAAGGUCAUGGAAUGUCCAGUCAACUAUCCAGUCAACUAUCUUCUCGUCAUGCCUGCUAUAUAAUACGUUCUCUAUAUUACAUUUCUCUUUUCUCUUUCUACUUAUAAUCCUACCAUUCUCAGAUAAUACGUACCUCUGCUAGCAACUUUCUAGCCAAUACCUGUCAAAGUUUCUUAAAUUCCUACAUCUAGUCCUAGCAAUUAACUUUUGACUGCUUCUCAGGUAUUCCGAUAUAGUAUUGUAGAUCCGUAUAUUAUACAGCAUUUUACAGGCCCAUGUCAUUUCUUCCUGUGUUUGUCAAAAUACUAGAGAAAAUAAUAUACGACCGCCUAAAACCAACAAUAGAGAAAGAAAACUUAAUACCAGGUUAUCAAUUUGGAUUUAGAAACAAGCACUCCAUGACUGAGCAAAAGCACAGGCUCGUCAAUGAAAUUUUACUGACAAUAGAAAAGUACAAACUUCUUCAUGGACAUCGAGAAAGCAUUUGACGAAGUGAACCAUGGAAGCCUCUUACAAACAAUCAAGAAACUUUUCCCGGAAUAAAUCUACCGCUUACUCAAAUCAUACCUAAGCAACAGAAAUUUUGUAGUAAAAAUAAAGGAUGUAUAUUCUGAAGAUAAAGACAUCAAGGCAGGAGUACCGUUAGGAAGCGUCUUAGGACCAAUAUUAUACACACUAUACACGGCCAAUAUAUCAACAAGUACCAACAGCAAAAUACUGACAUUCACAGACGACACGGCCGUAUUAGUCAGGCACACUAAUCCAGGAACAACUGUCACAUUACUACAAGGGCAUAUCAUAAAAAUAGAAAAAUAGUUACAAGAUGUACUGGCUAACUAGUCGAAAUUCUAAACUUAGCAUAGGAAAUAAAUUAAAAAUAUACAAAACGAUAAUAAAUAUAGCAGGGGAUAGCAGCAAUGAGGCGCAUAAAUAAACUAGAGUCGUUACAAUAAAUACUAAAAACUAGAUAAAAAGAAAUAGAAGAUACUAAAAACAAUAGUCAACGCCCCAUAGUAUGUCAGAAACGAGGAUAGAUGUAAACACUUAAAGAUAUCAAUGGUCAAAGAAGGAAUCGGCAGGUACACAGAAAAAUACAUCUUAUAGAAACUCUCAUAGAAAGAAGACUAAAAAGAAAACACUACCUUGACCUCACUAAAGAAAUAAAAUAGACAAACUCGAAGGAGGUAUUCUACUAGGGGUAGCCAUCCACCUUUUAUUAUUUAGCAAUAAAGCUAGAAAGAUUUACCAAAUGUCCAGCUGGACAAAUUGUAAGGUAACAAAUAAAUGCCUUCCACUAGCGACUCUCUUUCGGAGGCAGGCAGUACCCUUCCCUAACCACUCACCUUUUUUCUUAGCCAAUUGGCAACGAUAACCGUUGCCCUCACUUUCCUAACGAAAAUUGUCAUGAACGAAUCCGCUUAUCCGGUGCCCUUAGACACACCCAUAACUAGUCUCCUUCCGCGGCAUCAUUGUCAUAGGAAUUUAGUUGCUUCAGGUUUCUUGAUCGGUCAGCAUCUUAAUUUAUUGUCAAUAAAUCAAAUAAUCAAUAAAGUCUUAACUACUAUCACUACAAUUUAUAUUCUGUGAGAAAAGGUUGUUGGAAUAAAGUGCAUAUCUUGAUUUAUUAGCCAAGUGUUAUCGUCAGUUCAACCACAUCGUUGAUGCGUUCCGUUAGAACGCUUCUUCGCGAUCGGUUGAACAUUUUUGGUUCUUCGAAUCAGAUAUACGUGCACAGUCUUCAAGAUAGCAGUGUACACAUGAGUGACAGCCGCAGGCAGUGCUACGUGACCCCAUCACAACCAGCAGCGGGAGCUUUACCUCUACAGUGAAGUGAGUGACGUCAAGGGCCGUCACCUUCGAAGAGGUUAACACCGUUGAUCGAGAAACGCAAGCACGCAGCCUCCCUUAGCAGCUGGAGAAUCAUCAACAUAGCAAGUUCUGACAACGACGAAACCUGGCAACAAGAUAAGCUCUUUAAAGUGUUCGUUCAAUUCCUAUUCCUUGCACACUAUCAACACCCGCCAAAAGCAUGGCGACCGCAUCAAACAUCGACUCUCUGCGACAAAAACGCAACCAGCAUCUCGACAACAUCAAGUUCACAAAGAAAGACAUUGACGAUUACGAACAGUCCGGCAAGCAUAACGUUGAUGUUUUAAAAAGAUAUCUAGGCGAACUUGAGAACGAGUGGAAACGAUUCCGACUCGUCCAGGAAGAGUUAUACGAUCUCGACGAAGAAGAGAAUACUCAGGAACGCGAAGCGUUUGGGCAUUACAUAUCCCUGGCCUCUCGAUUAAGGAAUCUCAUAGAAGGCAGGCGGCCAUCAACCCUGUCGGUAGCCACAGGCAGCGAAUUUCCUGCGAAAUGUAGUUCGCCCGAGAAAUCCUCGACAACAGAUAACGACGACCAUCCCAUCAACGCAAAUAACGCCGACGCUACGGCCCCUCACAAGAAAAGGUUCGAGUGUCCACGAAACAUCGCUUUAUGCCACAGCCGCGCAAUCGUUAAUUUUCCAAAAAUAAGAGAAGAAUCCCCAACGGUCUUGAGGCACUUAAUUAACACGGUCGAAAAAAAUCUCCGCUCAUUGAAUAAUUUAGGAGAGUCAAUCGGUUUAAACACCAUAAUUAUCAGUCUCAUCAGUUCGAAAUUACCAGCAAAUAUUGUGCGGCAGUGGAAACUCACGUUGCCUAACAAGGAAGUGCCUCAGUACACUCAUCUACUGGACUUCCUUAAGAGACUGGAAUCCAGCCUCAUCUCGACCUCUACGUUCAGUACGACAAAAAGACAGACAUGCCCCAUCUGCCGAAGAUCGCACAGGAUUUGGAGAUGUGGUAUUUUCAAGGCUAAAUCCGUUAGCGAGCGCCUUAAAGACGUGAAAGCGGCAUCCUUAUGCACCAAUUGCCUGAAAAAGGGGCACUCGAUGCUAGAUUGUUAUGCCGGAUCAUGCCAUAUAUGUGGAGAAUGGCAUAACACGAUGCUGCAUGAGGACAAACGCCACUCAAAGUCUCGUUCCAUUACAUUCAGCCGAACCUUCUUUCUGUCGAGCAGUCGAUCCUCGAGAGCCUCUUCGACAUCUUCCUCAUCGCCGACUCGUCAUCGGAAAUCUGAAACGGAACACAAGUCGGAGAUACCAGGAAGGAACUCGUCUUCAGGAUCAUCCUCCAGCCAUCAACGAACACGUAAACAGUGACGUUGACAAUCGACGAUUUCAAUGGCAACUGAACCACUUAACCCAUUAGCAUCCUACUCAUUGUACAGCGUUUACAGUAUACAGAUCAGCGUUUUGAACGAUAAACAACAAUCAAUCCAUUAACGAGCAGUGUUCUAGUAUGAACUUCAUAAUAGGAAAACUGGCAAAAUCACUCUGAAUAAAGUACUCAUCAUUGAAAUUGUAUCCUUCCUUGAUUCAAGACCGCUAAUUCCAGAAUUUACUUGUAAUUCUCAAAUUAUACUUAUCUGUAAUAGGUAUUAACUUAUAAAUAAUUAGCCAUGUCACUGCGCCACGCCAGAGAAAAUUACUUAAAAUUCUCAAUGCGAGAAUUAAUUGUACAUAGUCUACCAAAUAAAAAAAAAAAACUCCACUCAACCGACUCUUCAGAUGGCAACACAUUCAGCAACUAAAACAUACAGGACUAUUUUACCUUUCACAAUUUCUGAUAAUCCUUUUCACAGUAUACGAUAUUCGACAAUUCUUCAUACAGAGAUACUAAUAAAGACUUCUUUUAUGUCUUUCAUUAUGUGUUUCAUUAUGUAUUUAUUAUAUCUUACUAUAUUUCUCAUUAAUAAUUUUUAUGUUUGUAUUUGUACAACAAUGUCAGUUUAGUUUCAGUCAAAAUGAACUGCAUGUUUAAUUGAGUUAUGUAAUUUGUAGCGGUACUCGACAACAAACCUUCCAACGGUUUCUGUCCCAUGGCUUGUUACACAAAGACUCUAUCCUUCGCAUAAGAUAAUUGCCAGAUAUCGAAACAUCUUCAUGGCAUACUUUCAACUAGCAUAAGGACCCGCCAUAAAUUUUAGCAUUUCUCUAGCUAAGGUUCUUCAAACGAACAAAUAGUCUUUGCCUUAGCAUUCCCUAAAUUUAUUAUCUACUACGGAAAGAUACGGGAAAUCUGGUUUUUCUCACGUAUGAUGCUUCCUGUUAACAACUUUCUCUCGAGGGCGGUCAGCAUCCUUCCUCAACCACCAAUCUAAUAGAUUAACCAAUUUCGACGUCCAUUUCCCUCACUUUCCUAACGAAGGCUUCCCUUGACGAAUCCGAUGAUCUCGUGCCCUUAGACAUCAUAACUUUCCUCCUCCGCAGCAGCAGCAGCAUCGUGACAGAAAGAGAGUUCCUCGACGUACUUGAGCAGAUCUCAUCUUAACUUGUACCGUGCACUCUGCUCAAUCGCUAUCUUAACUCAUCGUCUAGAAGUCGAGUUGUACCAGGAAGUGUGAACCGCCAAGUGUAGUCGCGAGCUCUACGUAAAGUGUCCAUAACGAUAAUUGUUAAUAAAUAUACUGGUUAGAUAUAUCCGAGUGUUUCUUCAGCACCUAGCACGACCUAUCCACCUCAAAUUGUUUAACAACUACAAUGUUUGAAUAAAAUUGAUGGAUAUUAAAUAAAUAGAUACUAAAUAGCGCUGUAACUUAGAAAUUUCUUCCUACUUUCAUGUGGCGUAUA